AGAACUCCAUUCUCCCCCUCAUCUGCUUGUAUAAGAGGAGAUUAACGAGAUUUGGAUACACGAACCCAUUUUUUCUGUUAUGGAUUCAUGCAGUUACCGUUAAUAAAAGGGAAAAAGAAAGAGACUAGUCUUGUAGUCCUGGCCAAUUAACCCUUUCCAUUCAUGAAUCAUUGCCGAUCAAAAGAACGACAGUGAUGUCCAUGUCCUGUCCUCCCAUUCUUAUAUAUAUAUAUAUGAAGGAGUAGAAAUUAUUAAGCCCUUUGCAGUUUGAACAACUCUAAUCUCCCUUUGACUUGUAGUUGCAACUUGGCAGCAACACUUCAAAUUUUAUGUCUUUUCUGUUUCUUUUUCCUUUUCAAUUCCAAUUAAUACAACUCAGCAAUACCAUUACCACCAACAAGUCUACAGAAUUAUACAUUUCAAUCUCUCUCACCAAGAAGAAGAAGAAGAAGAAGAAGAAGAAGAAGAAGAAGAAGAAGAAGAAGAAGAAGAAGAAAGCUGUCCUCUUCUUGGCAGUGUAAGAAAGCGCAUGCUUCAAAUUAUUUGGAUGGAUGGAUGGAAUGGAAUCUUUUCUGUGUUUUCCAUGGAUGUUGCCCUGUAAAGUUUUCAUCUUUCACCUGCUCAACUAAUUCUGCUCAAGGUGAGGCACAUUUCGAACCAUCCAUCUACCUGAUAUUAUUUCCCGAUGUUCUUUUCGGCAAUAUCCUGCUAAAUCCACGCCUCUUGAUCUAUGUUAGUGUGAUUAGACUCUAGGCACCAAUGUCAAUCUUAUGUGGCGGACCUCUGCAUGAGGGUGUGUGUUGUCUAGCUUGUGCUCGCUGGGCGUGGAAACGAUGUCUCCACACUGCAGGUCAGGACAGUGAAACUUGGGGUCUUGCAACUGCUGAAGAAUUUGAGCCGGUUCCUCGCCUUUGCCGCUAUAUACUAGCUGUUUAUGAAGAUGAUCCUCAACACCCUCUCUGGGAACCUCCUGGAGGGUACGGAAUAAACCCAGAUUGGUUAAUCCUAAGAAGAACUUAUGAAGAUAAUCAUGGAAGGGCGCCACCAUAUAUACUGUAUCUUGAUCAUGACCAUGCUGAUAUAGUUCUAGCCAUUAAGGGCCUUAAGUUUUCAAAGGAGAGUGACUAUGCUGUACUUUUGGAUAAUAAGCUAGGGAAAAGGAAAAUUGAUGGUGGGUACGUCCACAAUGGGCUAUUGAAGGCUGCUGGUUGGUUUUUGGAUGUGGAGGGUGACAUUUUGAAGGAAUUAGUGGAGAAGUAUCCGAAUUACACACUGACUUUUACAGGUCAUUCUCUAGGGUCUGGUGUAGCAGCAAUGCUGACACUAUUGGUAGUGCUACAUCGUGAUAAAUUGGGAAACAUUGACAGAAGGAGGAUCAGAUGCUACGCGGUUGCACCUGCAAGAUGUAUGUCACUUAAUUUGGCUGUCAGAUAUGCAGAUGUUAUCAAUUCUGUAGUGCUUCAGGAUGAUUUCUUACCGCGGAUAGCCACGCCUUUGGAAGACAUUUUCAAGUAUCUUUUCUGUUUGCCCUGCCUACUAUGUUUGAGGUGCAUGAGGGAUACAUGUUUACUGGAUGAGAAAGUGAUCAAAGACCCAAGGAGACUGUAUGCACCUGGUCGCCUCUAUCACAUUGUUGAAAGAAAGACUUACAGAUUGGGAAGAUUCCCCCCAGUUGUGAGGACAGCAGUGCCAGUAGAUGGGCGUUUUGAGCAUAUAGUUUUUUCUUGUAAUGCUACUUCUGAUCAUUCAAUCAUUUGGAUAGAAAGAGAAGCCCAGAGGGCUAUGGAUGUAAUGGUAGAGAAAGAUGAUAUCAUGGAGAUCCCAGCAAAGCAAAGGAUGGAACGACAGGAGACUUUGGCCCGAGAACAUAGAGAGGAGUACAGGGCUGCGCUACAAAGAGCUGUUACGCUCCCAGUUCCCCAUGCCUAUUCAUCUUCCAAGUAUGGAACUUUCAAUGAGAUGGCGGAUUCGCACAGAUGGAGUGGGGAAUCUUCUUUUGGCUCUUCGAAGACAAGAGAGAACUGGGAUGAAUUGAUUGAACGCCUUUUUGACAAAGAUGAAUCUGGUCACAUGGUUCUCAAGAAAUCAAAAAGGGAUGAUUGAUCAUUAUUUUCAACUUGAAAAAAAAAUGAAAAA